AUGGAUCUUCGUCACUUCUUCGUUACCUUCCUCUUCGUCGUCUGCACGUGGGCGGCCAAAAACACCGACGAGGUCCGUGAGUUCAUAUACGAUAAUCGCGAUAAUAAAACCGUACUGAACGAGGAACCCGCUCCGCCAUGGGUGAGUUCGCCAACCGUCCGGGGUACCGGUGAUAUCAUCAUAUCAUGCUUGGUGACCUUGAUUGCCUGCGCCUACACUGCUAUUCAUCCGACCGUACCACCUGGAGGCUCUGGCAAAAGGAGCUUCACGCUCAUCAAAGCCGCCCUGGUGCUGGUGGCACUUAUGUGUCCCGAGGCCGUGUUCGCACUCGCUUUCCAGGUGUAUCUUGACGCCCGAAGACUGAAGAAGACGCUCAAGGGAAUCAUCAAGAAAGGCAAUAAGGAGGCACUGGCUAUGGUCAUAUUCAACAAAAUCAUCAAAACUAAUGAGAAAGGCAAUCAGGUAUGCGAACGGAAAGACCUACUUGACGAAUCCCUGGCCAUGGUCAACGAAAUUAUCAAGACCAUAGAGAAAAGCAAUAAGGAGGCCAUGGCCAUGGUCGAUAUGAAGUUCUGUUACUUCGUUGUCAUGGGUGGCCUGCAGGUCGACAUCUCCGACAUCAAACCGUCAGACCAUGUCCAAUUUUACUUCCAUGGCCACAACAUGCCCGAAACGCUUCCUCUCUCAGCCGACGGAGUGAUUGAGCUUGCCAAGCUGGGGCCCGGGUACCUGGAAAAACUCCUCGUUGAGCCCGCCGUGAUCGAAGACAAAAGCAAAGGGGCAUUGGUGCAAAAGUGCGUAGUUCUCGUCCAAGUCGCUUGGAUGGGCAUUCAGUGCAUUGCCAGAAAAGCUGCGGGGUAUCCCGUUUCUCUUUUGGAAUUGCACACCUUUGGCCACGUUCUGGUUGCAAUGUUACUAUACCUGUGUUGGUUAAAAAAACCCCUUGACGUGCGACAACCAGUCUUCGUUAACCCUGCCGACUUCAAAGACGAGCCAACUAGAGAAGGCUUUCAAGAUGCAUUAGCACUGAUGGUUCAGGAACAGUUCUGUGACCUACAGAAUCUCACUGGCUUCCUAAACUUGAAGUGGAAACAAGAAAAGCUGGACAAAUCGAAGGCUACCAGGGAAGAGGAUGGUCGGAACUCUACCAAAGAAAAGACGGCCCUGAUUGUUGUGAAUCAGAUGGCCCAAGAAUCGACGCCUCUGCCUACUCCAGCAGACCAACCUGAUCAGUACAUGGGACCCGGAAAGUCGACAACAGGCUCACAGGAUUCAGUCCUGUCAGUUCCAAUCGAGGAAGUAGACGUACCGUCCGGGAAUCCGGAAACCUUCGAUCUGGGUAUCAAUCAGUAUCUUCCAUGUGGAGUCGGCCACAUGCCCGUGUCCCAGGAGCCGAACUGGAAAUGUAUUUGGACUGGUGCGGAUAACUGGCGAGUUGACUUGAGAAAGGCGUCCGGCUUCGACCGCAGAGAAGAAGACAAAUUUCCAAUCCGUCUCACCCGGGCCGAUCGUCGCCGCGCAGAAAGAGCAGCGAGACACAUCAAGGUUGUUGAGGAACUGUACCGCAUCGAUCCAGUCGAGCAACCAGAGCCCUACGCUUACAAAAGACAUGGAUCGUCAGGCCAACAUUGUCGGUAUACCGAUCUUGGAUACAGGCGGGCGUUCCAAACUCUCAAGUUUGAGGUCGACAAACUCAAUCCACUUGCUGUCAACCAGAAGGGUGGAGCCCAACAUGACAGCGAAAACUCCAACCCGGAAACCAUUGAUGCCAAUCGCCGGAAACUACUCGAGGAAGUUACUCCCAGACUCAUCAUACGGUACGCCGCCUUCCUAGACGCCACCUUCAGCGGCUUCAGCAAAACAAGCUACUUCGUCUGCGUCAUGGUCGGUGCCUCCGUUGGCGCUAUCCACCUAGCAGCCUGGGACUCCGUCUUUCCUACAAGAGUGGAGAGUAUCAUUUGGAGGAUAGCGAGUCUCCUGAUGAUGGCUACCGUUCCUGUUGGUCUAUGCUAUCGCUUUCAAAUUAUCUUUAUCCAGCGGUAUAACUUCCAGCAUUUCCGGCUGGGUUAUCAGACAUCCCGUGUUUGGCUCGUUGGGUUCCUCGCCGCAUGGUAUUUCUUUUUAAUUAUAAUAUCCAUAGUUGUUUUCGUUACCGUGCGGGGGUAUCUCAUUGUGGAAUCGUUUAUCAGUGUUCGCUAUAUGGCUUAUGGUGUUUACUUUGUUCCGGACUGGCUGCAGAUCUUCCCACACAUCUGA